AUGAAGGCACGAAAUAUAUGCUAUGUUUCCUCCACAGCCCCCAAGAUGCUCUCAGAUUUCUUCCAAAAGCAGAAAUCCAUCUCUUUUAUGGGAUGUGCUGUGCAGUACUUCUUCUUCUCUUGCUUUGGUCUAAGUGAGAGCUGUCUUCUGGCCGCCAUGGCUUAUGAUCGCUAUGCUGCCAUAUGCAGUCCUCUACUUUACACAGUCAUCAUGUCCCCUGAGCUCUGUCUGCAGAUGGUGGUAGGAUCUUGUAUAACUGGAACGUUUGGCUCCUUUGUCCAACUGUGUGGCUUACUUCAGCUCCAUUUCUGUGGGCCAAAUGUCAUUAAACACUUCUUCUGUGACUUGCCCCAACUGAUGAUGCUAUCUUGCUCUGACACCUUUCUCUUACAAGUUUUAACAUCUGUGCUUGCAUCCAUCUAUGGACUGAGUGCUGUCCUUGUUGUCAUAAUAUCUUAUGGCUAUAUCAUUGCCACCAUUUUGAAGAUCACUUCAGCUGAAGGCAGGUCCAAGGCUUUCAACACUUGUGCAUCUCACCUGACAACAGUGUCCCUUUUCUUUGGCUCAGCCACUUUUGUAUAUUUAUGCCCCAGCUCUGAUGAUUCUCUUAGCCAAAGCAAACUGGCUUCUGUUGUGUACACUGUGAUGACUCCCAUGUUAAAUCCAUUGAUCUAUAGUCUGAGAAACAAGGAAAUCAAAGAUGCUCUGAACAAAUGGAAGAAGAGAAUU